UUGGUGGGAGAGACUCGAGGCCAUACAGCGGAAGUCCCGCCCUGCGUAGGAAAACUUCCGGUUCCAACUGCUCAGUGCUUGUGUUGACCGGAAGCGUCCGGUAGCGCUGCGAUGGUGCUCCUGGAGAGCGAGCAGUUCCUGACGGAGCUCACCAGGCUCUUCCAGAAGUGUCGGUUGUCGGGCAGCGUGUACAUCACCUUGAAGAAGUAUGAUGGUCGAACUAAACCCACACCGAGGAAGGGUUCUGUGGAGGGCGUUGAGCCCUCAGACAACAAGUGUCUGUUGAGAGCAACGGAUGGCAAAAAGAAGAUCAGCACAGUGGUGAGCUCCAAAGAAGUGAAUAAAUUUCAGAUGGCUUAUUCAAACCUAUUGAGAGCUAACAUGGAUGGGCUGAAGAAGAGAGACAAAAAGAGCAAGAGUAAGAAGAGCAAAGCAGCACAGUGAAGAGCACUGAGUUCCCUGCUUUUACCAAACCACUGAAUUACAUAUUUCCAUUUUGUUUAUAUUUUUGUUCAUAAAUCUAGGUUUCUGGUUCCCCCAUUAACUGUUUUCAUGUGAUAUUAGGGUUAUUUUGGAGAGAAGAAAGGUUGCAGUGUUUACAAAGUAUUUGUGGUAAGAAAGUAGUUUUAUUUCAGAUUUAUGAUGCAUGGUUAUAAAUUCCUAAAUUAGUUUUAAAAAGUCUCUGUAGUCAUCCCUGUGAAGAGCAUUGUAUCAUUAAACACCUGUUAUCAGCACUGUG